CUCCGCCCCUCCCCCUCGCAUUAUUUCUCUUCUCACCAACGAUCUCAAAUCCAUAUACCCCUCCCUUCUUCCCUCGCGAAUCAAAUUUCCCACGUUCAGGAAUAACACAUAGGAAAGAAAUGAAAACGGUAGACAAACUCCGGGACGCGCUCAUAUCGCUCGGCCAGGACACGCAGGGAAACAAGACUACCCUCAAGAUGCGGUUACGGAAAUAUUUGAAAAAUAACCCGGGUGCCCUCGCUCGUUCACCGUCCCAGGGAUCAGGGACAGGACCAGGUAUAGAAGCAGAGGAAUCAGCAGCGGCUGAGGCAGCGGCAGCGGCAAAAACAGCGGCAGAGGCGAAGGCAGAGACUAACACAAAAGCAAGGGCAGCGGCAAAAGCAGCAGAAGAGGCAAAAGCAGUAGGAGGCCAGAAAGACGGGGAUCAUUCCGAGGCUUCAGACCUGAAAACUACCCAGGUGAAAAAUGGCGAUGCCCAGGCACCAAAGGACAAGAUGGAAGAUCGGAAUCACGGCCACAGUAACGACAGUGGGAGCAGCAAACGCAUGCUCCACAGGAAUAGUCGGUACGAUUAUUAUCUGUGCUUCGAUGUCGAGGCGACCUGCGAGACAGGGUUUUCGUUCGAGUUCCCGAAUGAGGUGAUCGAGUUCCCGGUCGUGCUACUGGAUGGAUCGACCUUUGAGAUCGUGGAUGAGUUCCAUUCGUAUGUGAAGCCAACGCAUCGACCGACUUUGAGCGAGUUCUGCGUCGGGUUGACAGGGAUAUCACAGGAAACUAUCGAUGAUGCCCCGACAUUCACAGAGGUCCUCUCGCUCUUCGAAGACUGGCUCACACUUCACGGCAUCAUCCUUGAAGGAGGCUCCACCACCACCAAUAACAGCAAAAACAACAGCAACAAGAAGAACAACAACUUCAUCAAGAAGCCCAAAUCCUCGAAAUACUCCUCCUCCAGCCCCACCAACAACGGCCACAACCCCAAUUUCAUGACAGUCUCCAAUGCGACCAAUGACUUUUCCUACGGCGCCACCUUCUGCUUCGUGACAGACGGUCCGUUUGACAUCCGGGAUUUUAUCAGCAAACAGUGCGUCCACUCCAACAUUCCUCGGCCUUCCUAUUUUGCAAAAUCCUAUAUCGAUGUCCGGACCAUGUUCCGCGACUAUUUUGAUCUGACCCAUUGGUUGAACCUCGAGGGCAUGCUCACGUUCUUGGGGGAGACAUUUUUGGGAAGACAGCAUAGUGGAAUCUGUGAUUCAAGGAUGGUUGCGUUGAUCGCUAAACAGCUCGCUAUCGGUUUUGCUGGAGACGGGAGCGAGGAGAGGAGUCAUCCAGUUUUUAAUGAAAGAAAUCAGAGCUUGCUCGCACUGAAGUGGAGUAAUGACAUGAUUGAGAAAUUGAAGCGGGGUUGUGUUUUGAAGGCAAAUCGGUCUACGAAUCAUACGUUUGUCAAGAUGAUCACGUUCAAACAGCUCGAAAAAUUGGAGGCCCUGGGCGCAGCGGCCUCUGGUCCGCCUCCUACACCGCCUCCUGCACAAGAGCUGCCGGUUGGGACAAAGGAAAAGCGGCAGAGCCGUUCUACUCGGCAACCGAAGGUCGAUACAGCAGCCGCUGCAUCGUUGUCGUCGCCGCCGCCAACUUCAUCCGCAUCGCCUUCGUCCCCCACAGCAUCAUUUGCCAUCGACUCCAAGUUCUCGGCCCUCAUGACCGAGGCGCUAGAGUGAAUGAAAUAAAUGUACUAUGUAUCCAUCCAAUUAAAACCACGUCCACACUAUCGUUUCGG